UGGGAAUGAGGACAAUCCUGAAGUCUUUCUUGAUUCUGAUGAUACUUACAGAAGCCAUGUGCCAAAGCAAACGUGACAAAAAAAUGAAAAAAAGGGUGCCUGGUCGUAACAGAAAAAGCCAGCAUCCUAUUAAAGACGGCUAUGUCGUGAUUGGACAAGUGCCCUCUUUUCCCCUAUCCUCUGUUGGACAUCCAUUGUUUCAGACAGGAGAUCCAACAUCAGUACCACAGCAUAACCAAAGAUCUCCUGAAGACAUGAAGCUUCAUUUUGUGAAGAAUACGUUGGUGACUUGUAAUGAUGGAACAACAGCAGGGUAUUAUUUGAGAGAAGCCAAAGGGAGCAAACGAUGGAUCAUCUUUUUGGAAGGAGGGUGGUGCUGCUACAGCAAAGAAACCUGUGAUUUUAGAUAUAAGAAUGCCAGACGUUUAAUGAGUUCCUCUGAAUGGCCACCGACCAGGAAAGGUUCAGGAGUUUUGUCCCCAAAGCAGCAUGAAAAUCCUCAUUGGUGGAAUCUGAAUGCCGUGUUUGUGCCAUAUUGUUCCAGUGAUGUAUGGAGUGGAAAUGUGUCCAAAUCUCACAAUGAUUAUGCAUUCAUGGGAUCAAUAAUCAUUCAGGAGGUGAUUCGGGAUUUGGUGCCAAAGGGCAUUAAACAUGCAAAAGUCAUCAUUCUGGCUGGAUCCAGUGCUGGAGGUACCGGCGUCCUGGUGAACGUCGACAGAGUGGCGACUCUGAUGGAGGAGCUGACCGCAGACACUGUCCAAGUUCGAGGUCUUGUUGAUUCUGGAUGGUUCAUAGAGCCGAAGAAAAGACAGCAAUCUGAUUGCUUGGAUGGCACAGCUUGUGCGGUUACUGACGCCAUCAAGAAUGGAUUGAGGCUGUGGAAUGGGAUUCUUCCUGAGAAGUGCAAACAGCAAUAUACGAGUGAGGAUGAGUGGCAGUGUUUUUAUGGUCCCAAGCUAUAUACUUCCAUGAAAUCUCCUAUCUUUGUGGUUCAGUGGCUUUAUGAUGAAGAGCAGCUAAGAAUAGAAAACAUUCAGCCUGAAUUCCAAUCCAUGAAUGUGAAUCAGUGGAACAACAUACAGAACAUCGGACAAGAGCUUAAGAAAUCACUACAUAAUAUCCCGGCAGUGUUUGCUCCAGCGUGUUUCUCCCAUACACUUAUUACCAAAAGUAAUUGGCUGGAGUUCCAGGUGCAGAGUGUUUCUCUAGCUAGAGCUUUGCACUGUUGGGAAAAAAGUCUUCAAGAAAAGAAAGGUCAAAAAGCAGGAACACGGGCAUGUUCCUUUCAUCUGAUCGAUACAUGUGAGUGGCCUCACUGCAACCCAACGUGCCCGGCUAUUCACAACCGAGUAUCGGGCAAAGAAAUCGACAUGUUGCAGAUGGUGCUCAGACUUGGGAUAGACAACCAGGGGAAAGGACAGUCCAAAGGAGAGCUGAGUCGGCUGAUGGCAAUGUUGAGGAACGGUGGCUAGAGAAUGACAUGAAAAACACUUUAUAUUUCCUUAAAAGUGCUCUUCAUAAGUAAAGCAUCUUGAAUUUAAUAUUGACCCGUGGCAGGUGGUAUGGUUUAGGUUAUAACUAGUUCAUUAUUUCUAAAUCAGGAGAUGGCAAAUAGAUGUGUUAUUCUCACAGCUAAUAUUAUUUGACUAGCAUUAAAAAAUGACAGUACCAUGAGGAGCUAG